AUGCUUCUCGGUAUCCUCUGGCAUGCAAUCAGUGUAAAUCCCGCAGAAACAACCAAAUCGGUUAGGGCACCGUCGUGGUCGUGGGCGUCAGUCAAUUGUGGAGUGAGCUACGCACAUCUUUUAUCAGCUGGCGCCGACGCUAGUCGUAUCCCUCUCUCUCCACUGGCCGACAUGCUUGACGUUUCUGAUCCACCGACUUCUGAGGAUCAUCCGUUCGGAGUAGCGUCGAAAGCCUCGUUGAGGAUGUCUGGCAUUUUGUUAAAACUGGUGGAAGUUGAUGAUGAAGACUACGGGCUAGCUCUGGCCGAACACGGCACUCUGACCGAAAAUGGCACCCGUCUUUUGGGCGAUAUUGAAGAUGACACCUGGGACGUCUGGGAUCUCGAACCGUCAACUCAAAGAUCUUUAUUCUGUUUACCUGUCUGCGUACGUCAUGAUCCUUACUAUCAAGGCGAAAGAGGCGAUGGCGAAUUGUACAAAGCCUCGUGGGAAAAGUCCCUGGAGACAGGAAUAGACGAAUUCGAGCGAUACAAUAAGAUAUACUGCUUGCUCCUACAAUCUGUUGAAGGGAAUCAAGGCACAUAUAGCAGAGUAGGGCUAUGUAAUCUGGACAGCCAUAAGACAAUCGAGAUCAGCAGAAUGACCUUUCGAGACCGUAGGUCCCUCACUAUCAUUUGA